GCUGGGGCGCAAGCAAAAGAGCUCCUAUUCUCCCAUUCUGUGUCCUCCUUUCUGCGGGUAUUGAUUCGGUUUGCCUGCCUUUAUUUUUGUUUACUCGUUGCAAAAUUCGUUGUUUUUGCAGCUUCUUUCCUUUGAACACAUAAUUUCAGCCAGCAAAAUUCGCAUUUAAUAACCAUGUCGGAACCCGCGGAACUGCGAAAGGUUUUGGUGCUUUAUACCGGAGGAACAAUUGGCAUGAAACGCAACCACCAAGGAGUUUUGGUUCCAGCUCCUGAUGUGCUAACUGGAAAGAUAAAAACGUGCCCAGAAUUACAUGAUCUUGAUCUAGCCCGAAUAUAUUCGGUAAGAAACCACGAGCUCAUCACAAGAGUUUCAUCAUCCAAUAAAGCUAUUGUGUACCAAAUCAGAGAAUAUCAUCCUUUGUUGGACUCUUGCAAUAUGACCCCAAAGGAAUGGGUGAUAAUAGCAAAAAACAUUGAGGAAAACUACAAUGAUUUCGAUGGUUUUGUCAUUUUAAGCGGCACUGAUACCAUGGCCUUCACCGCCUCAGCCUUGUCGUUUAUGUUUAAGAACUUGCAAAAACCCAUUAUAAUCACUGGUGCUCAGAUACCGAUUUUCGACAAUCCGAGCGACGCAAAAAAUCACAUCCUAUCAGCGCUGGUGUUUGCAAGCUGUUCGGACAUUCCAGAGGUUUGUGUGUACUUUUCCAACAAGCUUUUCCGGGGAAAUCGAGUUAAGAAAAUGAGUUGUUCACAGUUGGACUGUUUCGAUAGUCCCAACUAUCCAGUUUUAGCAGAGAUUGGAUUUAAUUGCCGAAUUUAUAGGCACAAUACGUUGCCCAGAAGCGAAAGAGGGCACUUGAUGGUAUGCACAAAUCUGUGCGAACGGGUGGGCAUUCUUUAUAUAUUUCCCACCUUAACCAGGACCCAACUGCUCUCUUUCCUGGAACCAACCUUGGAAGGUGUGGUGCUGAUCACUUAUGGUGCGGGAAACAUCCCUUCGCAUAGACAAGAUCUAUUAGAUGUACUAAGAAAUGCUGUUGGAAGAGGAGUUACAGUGGUCAGUGUCACUCAAUGCAUUAAGGGAUCGGUUGGCCUUUACUACGAAACUGGAAAGUGUUUGGAGGAAAUUGGAGUGAUUUCCUGCUACGACAUGACCGUAGAAGCUGCCUACGCUAAGCUGGUGGUAGUUUGUGGGAUGGUCAGUCAAUCUGAGGAACGAGCAGAGUUAAUGAAGCAAGUUUUCAGAGGAGAAAUGACUAUUCAGCACUAAAACCAAAUAAGCGCUACUUUCCAAUUUUUGGAGCCAAUAUGAGUACUACGUUUAUAUUUAUAGGGCAGAUUAAGUUUGCUCAACACUCAUUUAAUUAAAGUGUUAAAUUCAUUAUGAUCUAAUUGUGAAAUUAUCUUAAUGUUAUGUGAUGAGAAAUUGGUACUAAAUUGUAUUUUUUUCACAUUUGUGAUAUAGAUGACUAGGUGUUUAGGUGUCGGUUCAACACCACUCUGGGCAUAGGAAAGUUAAUAAAUAUUUCUUUUUAUAAUUGUGACCAGAUUUAGUCCAAAAGCUACUUUAUGUACCUGUUAGUUCUCUUGGUAAGUGUAUACUUUUCCACUACAAUAAAUAAAAUUGCCCUCUA